CUGACAUCAUCAAAGGUCUUUUAGUCCACUAGGCUGUAGCGUUCGCCCUGCUGUCGCCCUUCUCUUCAGUGAGUGAAUGAGUUGUUGCUGAAAUAAAGUUUUUUUGUAUUGAAAUGUUCUGAAUGUUUAGAAAAAGAUGACUCUGUACCGUUUACCACCGUUACCAACCAUAAGGGAAAUUAUAAAGCUUUACAAUUUAAGAGCGGAAAAGCAGCUGUCUCAGAAUUUUCUGCUCGAUUUGAAACUUACUGAUAAAAUUGUACGGAAAGCUGGGAGUUUAAAAAAUGCUUAUGUAUGUGAAGUUGGUCCUGGGCCAGGAGGAAUUACAAGAGCUAUACUAAAUACUGGUGUUGAGGAACUCCUGGUGGUUGAAAAGGACACUAGAUUUAUUCCUGGACUUAAGAUGUUAAAUGAAGCAUCCGUGGGAAAAGUGCGUAUUGUUCAUGGUGACAUUCUUACAUAUCGGAUGGACAGAGCAUUUCCCAAUCAUUUGAAGAAAGCAUGGGAAGAUGAUCCACCAAAUGUCCAUAUUAUUGGGAAUCUGCCUUUCAGUGUCUCAACACCUCUCAUCAUCAAGUGGCUGGAGGAGAUGGCAAACAGAACUGGUCCAUUCACAUAUGGCAGGACUCAGAUGACUCUGACAUUCCAGUGUGAAGUAGCUGAGAGGAUGACAGCACCCACUGGCGGUAAACAAAGGAGUAGACUAUCUAUCAUGACCCAGUAUCUCUGCCAAGUCAAGCAUUGCUUUUCUAUUCCUGGUCGAGCCUUUGUGCCAAAACCUGAGGUAGAUGUUGGUGUUGUGCAUUUCACGCCAUUAAUACAACCAAAAAUAGACCAGCCUUUUAAACUCAUAGAAAAAGUAGUUCAAAGUGUAUUCCAACUCCGACGGAAAUACUGCUACAGAGGAGUUUCACUGUUAUUUCCUGAAGAGCAACGUACAAAACUUACAGAGCAAAUUCUAACCUUAGCUAAUGUCGAACCAACCCUGCGCCCUUCUGAACUGUCAAUGAAGCAUUUCCAAGGUUUAUGUAAUGCCUAUAGAGAACUGUGUGAUCGGGAUCCAAGCCUUUUCUCCUACAACUUUAGAGAAGAACUUCGUCAGAAAAAAAAAUGAAGGGUCACGAUAUCCAGAACAAUGAAGAAAGUGAAACACUAGGAUUGUAAUAGGAUCAUCAUAACAACAGAAGUAAUGCCACUCCUUACAACACUGCUAGAAUAAACUGUUCUUAACAGUAUCUUUCUACACAGUGACACAGGACUUAGGAAAUUCUUUGUCCCGAUGAGACCUUACUUUAACAAGCACAUGAUUUUGACAUCUGCAGAUUUAUGCUGUUGAAAAUAUAUGGAUUUGUUUCUUGUAUUUAUAAUCUAUAUAAUAUCUGAAAAACACAUUUAAAGCUGUAUUUGCAUUUUUUUUUUCUAUAAUGGCUGCAAAAAAAAAAAAGGGUUUAAAGAAAUGAAUUAAAACCCAUUUCACGUAAUUGUAAUGUGGCUGAUGGCAUCAAGUGCCAAUUGAACAUUUUAGAAAGUGGCUGAUAAAUAAAGAUAAGACAUUGCGUGUAA